GCGACUCCUCCCCCCACUGCCACGGCUUCAGGAAGACGUGACCCCUGCUGUAAGCUAAAAGUCGGUGAUAAAGCGAACGCACGCACGCACACAGCUCGCCGUGGACCUAACCCAUCUCGCCCCGACAAAAAGGAUAACAGCAUCCACAGUCCCAACCACCCACCUGUCUUUUUCAUCCGCGAAGGUCAAAAGUACAAGCCUCAUGAACAACUCGGCUCUGGUGUUCGUUUCCCUUAUUGCAGCCUUCGUCUUCGUGUCCUCAGUCAAUUCCGCUGCCCUCAACAGAGAGAAGCGGGCGGUGGUUGAAAUCGACGAUCCGGACUACGUGUUAGAACUACUUACGAGGCUUGGCCACUCCAUCAUCAGGGCAAAUGAACUAGAAAAAUUCGUGCGUUCCUCCGGCAGCGCUAAGCGAGGUCUCGACUUGGGUCUAGGCCGAGGCUUCAGUGGUUCCCAAGCCGCCAAGCACCUCAUGGGUCUCGCCGCCGCCAACUUCGCCGGAGGCCCUGGCAGGAGGAGGAGAAGUUCCGACGACGUCGACGCCUCCGCCGCCGCCGCUGCUGCUGCCAGUGCUGCCAACACCACCCACGACCUCCACCACCUCCAGCACCACCUCGAGGACAACUACGCCCAGGAACCAGCUGUUGCCGCCGCCGCGUCUCGAUAAGUUUCGAGGGCUUCGGGAUCCUUUGGUCACCCAUUUAAUAAAUUAUAUAAUGAUAAUAAUCAUUUGAGUUGUACUACUAUUACUACUACCACCUACCUCCUCAUUCUAUGACUCGUCCUUCUGCUGCUAUGACUGCUGCUACUGCUACUGCUACUGCUCCUGCUCCUCAUACCCGUUGCGCUCCUGCUGCUCCCUUUUGAGGCUCACUUGUUUUCCCUUAAAAUGUCCAUCAUGACUCCGAUCCUCAUUUGUUCCUUCUCAGCCGCUCGAAGCUUCAUCUUCGCCUUCUUUUUCUUCUUCAUUUACUCUCGAUUCACUCCGCUCUCGAUUAGUCUAACGUAAUUACUUCUUUUGUAGCCGCGUUCAUUGCAUACCUCGCAUAGCCUGUUUGCGUUUUCUCCUUUCCUUUAUUUAUUUAGUUAUUUAUUUAUUUAUUUAUUUACUUAUUUAUUUAUUUACUUUUUUCCUUCGCCUUCGCUCUUCUUAUUCCCCUUCGUUGUCCUGAAUGUCAGAGAGCAUCCUCCUUUCGUCAUGUUUAGAAACACCGACCUUUUUCCUCCUCCUCCUCCUCUUCUUCCUCCUCCUCCUCCUCCUCCUCCCUACAAUCAAGUGAAUAUAAAUAUAUAUAUAUAGAUACCGAUCGAUGAUCACUUUAAUAAAAUAACUGUGGUUGAGAUGAAUAUAAUGAAAUGUGUAUGGCAGCUGUUCUAAUAAUAUAUGCCCGCGAUUUCUCACAUAUUAAAAAAAUAAUCAUAAAGGUAUACUUAUAAAUAUAUUGCUGUAGUAGAGUGAUUGAAUAUGUGAAAACGUAGGUCCCCCUAUAUUUUAUUUUCUCUCGAUAGAACGAAUAGAAAGAAUAAUAAUUAAUGAUAAUAAUGAUAAUCAUAAUCAUAAAUAUCGAUGCUUUGGCUCGGCGGUUUUCUUUUUGACAAGUGGUGUAGCUAGUUUUUUUCCCGUUUUCGUUAGUCAGUUAUUGCUUCUCCUUCUUCUUCUUCUUCUUCUGUGUUUCGUUGCUUUAUUUUCAGCACAUGGAUCCCUGGAGAAUUUUGAAAAGCAUAGUGGCUUCUUCCAUUCCGUUCUGUCUCUCUUCGUUUCUAAAGGUGCUGUGCUUAAAUAUGGUCCACUGAUCAGACUACCAGAGGAGCGAGAUAGAGCCAUUGCUGGCACGAAACCGGUUUAGUCUAACAGUAGCCUAGUAACAGCUUAGUCUAACAGUAGUCUAACAGCUAGACUAUACAACGACAGACGGGAGAAUUCAGCAGCGUCAGGCUGGUUCAAAAACAACAGCUGCAACAAACGAGUAAGAAACGACUUUAUUAAAAAUAAAGUUCUCCCGAGUCAUAGUUUCGCCAUCUUUUGCAAGAAGAAAUUAGACGAUCUAAUUCUGUUGUCAGUGUGAUGAUCAUACUUUCCCAUUCCAUCUCGGCGGUCAUCGGCAAACGAAUGUGACGUUGUAGACAGACUUUUUUGUAACAGCUAAAUUGUAACGGCUACGAGGAAAAGUAAAAUAAUAAUAAUCUAAACAAGAAUAAAAAAAAAAACAGCGUCUCGUUGUAUUGUUUCUAUAAUUUUCGACUAAAAAAAACAAACUUGUUUUCAGCCAUGUUGGUUCAACCUUCGAAGUCCUUUAUCUUUUGCCCUUCGUCCCAACUAAGGUACAAAAAUGCAUUCAGACCCACCCCUCCAUGGGAGAAUUCGAACUUCUGCCAUUAAAAUCAAUUUGUGAAAGGGCGUCCCGAUCAUAUUUCGCGAAAGGCAGAGAGAGAGCUAAACAAAAGCUAGAGAUCUCCGUGGUCACCCGAUAAGCAAAAGCUCCCACCCUCCCCGCCAUCCUGUCUCACUUUCUCCGCCAUCUUUGUACUCCCGAAUCCUCCUCCUCCUCUUACAACUUCUUUCGUACCAUGUGUUUAUUUUUCCCUGCGGGCUGGAAACUUUUUCAAUUCGAUUUCUCACCAUUUGGUAAGUUCUAAGAAGUUCUCAGAUCCAUCAAGUCAUUGUAUCUAGGAAAGCAAAAAAACUCAAUACCUCUUUGGUUCGAAUUCAUGUAGAUAAAAUAAAGAGUGUCAGUCC